AUGAGAAUUUCUAAGAGAAUAGAUAUGUUUACAUUAGGGAAGUUGAAGUUUCAGGGGUUCUCAGAAUUCUCCGAGCUAAGGAGCGCCUCACUGCCUGUCAGGAAGAUCGCCACCUCCGACGACUUCUUCUCCGUCAUCGCCUUCAGAACUUCCGCGGUAAUUCUAUUAUCAACAAUACCUAGGUACUUGUCCAGAAUAUGGAUAAGACUUGGAUUCUUAAGCCAAGGUCAAGUGUUGAUUACCAGCAAGGCAUGGAUCAAUUCCUCAAAUUUGCAUUUGACAAUGCAUCUAAAGAAAACAUGAUUCUUUGUCCAUGUAGAAAAUGCACUAAUUGUUUUUGGAAAGAACGG